GUGUGAACAGGAUAUCAAGUGUUCCAUUUAAGAGUUCGGAUUUGUGCAACAUGAGAAAUUUCAAAAUGUUGCUGUUCAUUCCACUCAUAGAUAUUUUACUGUCAACAAAAGUAGUAGCUGAAGUGCAGCUGGAGCCAAGGGAUAGCGCUGUACUGCUUGGAUCAGAGGCCAGUUUUAACUGUAGCCUAAAGGAUCCCUGGGUGGUUAUGACAUGGCUUUUCAAUGGCAGUGUGGUGCUUACAAUUUCCAGGGACCAUGGUGUUCUUGAAAACACUCCUCGUUUCACAGCAGUUAAUCACACCACAAAUGAAGUCUACAAAUGGGAAUUUACCAUCAUGAAUGUGACAAGGAAGGACUCAGGAGUAAUCACAUGUGAUGUUCAAAAUAUACAGCGUGUAGCAGCACACUUGUCAAUUCAAGAAAGUGGAACUGUUAACAUUCAAGGUGGCAACAUAACUGUGAGAGCUGAUGAUGAAGCGUCUUUUGUCUGUGUUGCGUCUGGAUGGUUCCCUGAACCACAAAUAUCCUGGAAUAUAAAUGGCAAAAUGGCAGAUACGGAAAACUAUAACACCACUGUUGAGGCUGUAGGAACCCUACUAAACUCCAACAGCACUCUGUCAAUUUCAGCUGUUGACAGCGCUCAAGUUCAGUGUCUGGCCAAAGUGCCUGCUUUGUUCUCACCACAAACUACCAGUGUUUUCCUGAUAGUUGACAAGACGAAUCUGCAACCUGACAGAACGGUGCUGAUUGCCACAACUGUGACCUUUAGUUUGGUUGCAGUGAUAGUGUUACUCAUCAUUGGUAUCAUCUUAUUGUGGAAAAAAAAAAAUGCAAAUAGGAAAGUUGUGUAUCCGAAUCAGAAUGCAGAAGAAACCCAUGGAAGAGAUAACCCUGGAUACAAUAUAGAUGGGGACAUGAAUCAUGGCAAUUCCAUCACAGCAAAUAAUUACGAGAUUCCAGACAUGAGCCAGACAAGCAGUGGUCAGCAAAAUGAUUUCAGGACACAUGAAGGAAUGACCACAACAAAAUUAAGACAUGUGACAAUAGUUUAAAAAACUAGAUGUACCGCAAAGCGAUACACAAUAUGACCGCCGCUCAGUCCUGCACAUUCUCUCCGCAAAUAUCAAUCACGCUUGUGUUUCCAUCGCCUACUCCAUCCCUACUGCAACUUUUAUGUAUGUAAAUGAGUGUGUGCAUGUGUGCGCUUGCUUUUGUGUAUGAGUGCUUCUCUGUCUAGUGUGAGUGUGUGUCUGCUUGUGUGUGUGUUUAAUGUGUCUCUGAGUAUAUGUUCACUGUGUUCUCUGCCGUCACUGUCACUC